GAGAGUCAGUCUAUCGCCAAAUGUCGUAAUGGGCGCGAUCCCCAGUCGAUAGAGCAAAUGCAGGCAUAUGUAUAUGCUAAAUAACGAAAGCGAAAAGCGCAAUGAAAUGCGUGUUGUUCAUAAAACUAGGGCAUCAGUGAGUCCAAGUCCCGGUACCGCUCCCGGUCCCGAAAACGAACCGAUACGAUAUGAGAAUCGACGAAUCGCCAGAACUAAUCCAAAAUGCAUAUAUGUAUAACUAUUAUCUCUCUCUUUCUCUUUCUUCUAUAUUUCUCUUUUUUAGUUCUCGUAAGCGUUUUUCUCCUUUUAAGUUUGUUCCGCCUAAGACUAAGUUUAAUCGAGAUCGAAAUCGAGGUAUUCGGGUAUUCGAGAUCGAGAGAGAGAUGACCAAUUAGAUAACUCUACUACUACUACUACUCCACUACCAAUCUACUACUACUACUUCUACUACCAAUCAGCCACAAAAAACAGCCACAGCCCAACCAGAACAUCGACAUUAAUCCGCUUCUAACCACCAACCACCUCGCCACCACGUCGUCGUGUGCCGCCAGCCGGGGACCGAUCCCAGGAUCCGAUAACGAUCCCGAUCCUGUUCCUGAUCCUGAACCAUGUUUGAGAUUCUGAGUCUGGCUCCGGUCCUGUCCUGGUUGCAUUUACACUAAGUACCAAUGGUUUUGUGUUUUGUCCUAGCUAGUUCAGAUCAAUUCAGAUCAGAUCCAACGUCCGUCCAGUCUCGCGUCCGUGUCCUUCAGCAAACGGGGUACUAAACACUCACUCAAUCCGUUGCCAAUCGAUUAUCCCGAUCAGCCCGACCACCAUCCGCAUGUAGCAAUCAUUAACUGACGGCCCACGGGUCGGCCACGCUCCUCCCGAGCUUUGUUUUCAUAUAAGCGAAACAUUAACCGAGGGUAGAGGACAGCUUUAUGUAGGUAGGGCGGUGGAGAAGCUAACCAACUUAAACAUAUUGUUGCUCUUAUUAUCGUUUCAGCGUCUUGUUUUCUUUUUUUUAUUUUUCUCUUUUUAUCACUGAGCAAUGUAAAAUGUGUGUGACCCUUCUUCAAGUCAGUUACCGCGCCCCAACUCAUGGAAAUCGAUUACGAAUACGAAACCGCACCUAAGCCUUGACAAAUAAAUGACAAAAACUCAAGCCCCUCUGCAUAAUCGCUAGACUCAUAGACUCUCAUCCAACGCAAAUCAAACGAAAGAAAGAAAGAAAGCGAAAGCAUUAACCUUAAGUAUCCAAUAUUGAUUGAAAUGAUCGUGACCAAAAUAGCGACACUGCCCAUCGAUAGAUACGCGCUCCAUUACAAAGUGCGAAUGAUCCGAUUCGCUUGUGGAGCCACCACUAUAUGAUUAACAAUUUGUUUUCUUAUUUUUUCUUUUUUGUCUUCAUCUUUCUUGCAGGCAGCAGGCAGUUUUUGUCUUUAUUUAAGCGGUUUCAAACGCAAUCUCUUGACCAAUUUGUCUGACCCACUUUUGCCUUCGGAAAAGACAAUGAAAAACGAAAGAAAGAAAAUCAAUCGAACAAGUCAAAUCAAAUGAAAAGUCAAAUCGAAUCGAAUCCAAUCGAAUCCCAAACAAAUUGCAUAGCUGAUGAUCAACUGAACCGAAACCCCUCCCAGUAUAAGAUGCACUAAUCCCUCUUCCCAAUUCUAGGCAAGUCCACGGAUUCGAAAAUUCCCUACCUUUCGCAGCCCCUGUACGACCUCAAGCAGACGGGCGAUGUCAAGUUCGGUCCGGGCACCCGAUCGGCGCUGCUCGGCCUCCUGGGCGGCGCCCUGCCCAAGCUCUCCUCGGAGCAGCACGACCUGGUCAGCAAGGCCAAGAAGUACGCCAUGGAGCAGAGCAUCAAGAUGGUGCUCAUGAAGCAGACGCUGGCCCACCAGCAGCAGCAAUUGGCCACUCAGCGCACGCAGGUGCAGCGACAACAGGCACUGGCCCUCAUGUGCAGAGUCUACGUGGGCAGCAUUUCGUUUGAGCUCAAAGAGGACACAAUUCGCGUGGCCUUCACGCCCUUUGGCCCCAUCAAAUCAAUCAACAUGUCCUGGGAUCCCAUCACGCAAAAGCACAAAGGCUUCGCGUUUGUGGAGUACGAGAUACCCGAGGGCGCACAGCUGGCGCUGGAACAGAUGAACGGAGCCCUCAUGGGCGGCAGGAACAUCAAGGUAGGCCGACCCAGUAACAUGCCACAGGCCCAGCAGGUGAUCGACGAAGUGCAGGAGGAGGCCAAGAGCUUCAACCGCAUCUACGUGGCCUCCAUCCAUCCCGAUCUGUCCGAGGAGGACAUCAAGAGCGUCUUCGAGGCCUUCGGCCCCAUCCUCUACUGCAAGCUGGCUCAGGGCACCUCCCUGCACACGCACAAGGGCUACGGCUUCAUCGAGUACGCCAACAAACAGGCCAUGGACGAGGCAAUCGCCAGCAUGAAUCUCUUCGAUUUGGGAGGGCAGCUUCUGAGAGUGGGUCGAUCCAUUACGCCGCCGAAUGCCCUGGCCUGUCCCACAACGAACUCCACGAUGCCCACGGCUGCGGCUGUGGCUGCAGCGGCAGCAACGGCAAAGAUCCAGGCCUUGGAUGCGGUGGCCAGCAAUGCGGUUCUCGGUUUGUCGCAGAACACACCUGUUAUGGCCGCUGGAGCCGUGGUCACCAAGGUGGGGGCAAUGCCAGUGGUUUCGGCAGCGACGUCGGCGGCUGCUCUGCAUCCUGCUUUGGCUCAGGCCGCUCCUGCUCUUCUUCCGCCCGGAAUAUUCCAGGCACCGAGUCCGGUGGCUCCCAGUUUGCUUGGAGUUCCUGCUGGCCUGCAACCUCUACAGGCGGUGGUGCCUACUCUUCCGCCGCCCGCCCUUCUGGCCACACCCACCCUGCCCAUGACCGUCGGCGGUGUUGGUGUGGGCAUAGUGCCCUCUGUCGCCACGCUGACAGGAGCGGAGGCCAGCAAUGGAGCAGCAGCUGCUGCCGCACUCUCAGCCGCUGCGAAUAAUGCCGCUGUCACGGCGGCAAACCUCUCGGAGAACAUCAAGAAGGCGCACGAGAAGCAGCAGGAGGAGCUGCAGAAGAAACUCAUGGACGAGGGCGACGUGCAGACUCUGCAGCAGCAGGAGAACAUGUCCAUCAAGGGCCAGAGCGCACGGCAGUUGGUGAUGCAGCGACUAAUGCGACCGGUGGAUUCACGUGUAAUCAUCCUGCGAAAUAUGGUUGGUCCCGAGGACGUGGACGAGACGCUGCAGGAGGAGAUCCAGGAAGAGUGCAGUAAAUUCGGCACCGUCAGCCGGGUGAUCAUCUUCAACGAGAAGCAGACGGAGAACGAGGACGACGACGAGGCGGAGAUCAUUGUGAAGAUAUUUGUGGAGUUCUCAGCAGGAGCGGAGGCCGUGCGAGGCAAGGAAGCACUCGACGGCAGGUUCUUCGGCGGCCGGAGAGUGGUGGCCGAGCUUUACGACCAGGGCAUCUUCGAUCAGGGAGAUCUGUCCGGUUAGAGGGGAGCUGUGGAUGUGGAUGUUCAUGUGGCUCCCGCCGACAUUUGUUCUGUCAUUUUUUUACGUAGCACCUAAAACGCAAAAGAUGCAAGUUUAUUAUUUAUUACGCCAGUCCGCAAACAAGCGACCAUUGUUAUGCGGCACGGCAGCCAGAUUAUACAAUACGAUUAUGAUGAUUCUGCAACGCAGUGAUUUAGUCUUAAAGAAAAGAAGUAUCCCCGUAGCGAGGGAAGCGAUUCUCGGUCUUUUCGCAUUAUUGCUUCCCCUCGGAACCAGAGAAUCCCAACCACAAUUCAGAUCCCAAUUAAGCACAUCGCGGCCGACUAACAACGUGUACAUUUACAUUUGAUUAAUUUCAGCGCUUAACUUACGAAAUAAACUAUAGUUUCCCAUUCAA